AGCGGGCUCCAGAGGAACACAGCUGUGUCUGGCUGCCGGGCCUAGAGCACUGCCAAGAGAGCCACACCUCCUCCAGGGCAGCAGAAUCGCCACCACCGUCAGCCGCAGCAGCCGCACCACAGACCACUGCUCACAAGGCACCUUUGAGAACUUCAGGAUGCAGAUGUCUCCGGUCUUUGUCUGCCUAGCCCUGGGCCUGGCCCUCAUCUUUGGUGAAGCGUCGGCCUCAGACCCCCGCCAGACUCAGGUGGCACAACUGGCCACAGACUUUGGAGUGAAGGUGUUUCAGCAGGUGGCGCGGGCCUCCAAGGACCGCAACGUGGUUUUCUCCCCCUAUGGGGUGGCCUCAGUCCUGGCCAUGUUGCAGCUGACAACAGCAGGAGAGACCCAGCAGCAGAUUCAAGAGGCCAUGCAAUUCCAGAUUGACAAGAAGGGCAUGGCACCUGCCCUCCGCCAACUGUACAAGGAACUCAUGGGGCCGUGGAACAAGGAUGAGAUCAGCACUGCAGAUGCCAUCUUUGUCCAGCGGGAUCUGAAGCUGGUCCACGGCUUCAUGCCCCACUUCUUCAGGCUCUUCCGGACCACAGUCAAGCAGGUGGACUUCUCCGAGGUGGAGAGAGCCAGGUUCAUCGUAAACGACUGGGUGAAGAGACACACAAAAGGCAUGAUUGGCAACUUACUGGGCAGAGGGGCCGUGGACCAGCUGACGCGCCUGAUGCUGGUGAACGCCCUGUACUUCAACGGCCACUGGAAGACCCCCUUCCCCAAGUCGGGUACCCACCACCGCCUCUUCCACAAAUCUGAUGGCAGCACCGUCUCUGUGCCCAUGAUGGCUCAGACCAACAAGUUCAACUACACCGAGUUUUUGACCCCCGACGGCCAUUACUACGACAUCCUCGAACUGCCCUACCACGGGGACACUCUCAGCAUGUUCAUCGCUGCUCCCUAUGAAAAGGAGGUGCCCCUCUCUGCUCUCACCAACAUCCUGGAUGCCCAGCUCAUCAGCCAGUGGAAAGGGAAUAUGACCAGGCGGCUCCGCCUCUUGGUUCUGCCCAAGCUCUCCCUGGAGAGUGAAGUCGACCUCCGGCGGCCCCUGGAGAACCUGGGGAUGACUGACAUGUUUAGGCCAAACCAGGCAGACUUCUCGAGUCUUUCAGAUCAAGAGGCACUGUAUGUGUCGCAGGCUUUGCAAAAAGUGAAGAUCGAGGUGAAUGAGAGCGGCACGGUGGCGUCCUCGUCUACAGGUGAGCCAGGCUCAGCCAUCAUCGUCUCAGCCCGAAUGGCCCCCGAGGAGAUCAUCAUGGACAGACCCUUCCUCUUUGUGGUGCGGCACAACCCCACAGGAACGGUCCUUUUCAUGGGCCAAGUGAUGGAACCCUGACCGUGAGAAAAGCAGCCCUCAUCUGGGACAGAACUGGAGAUGUAGCCAAGAAGAAGGAACUUCAAAGGAAAAAAAAAAGUUAUUUUAACUAAUGUUUCUGGAGAAAAAGGUGGCAUUUGCCUUUUUUUUUUUUAAUUUACCUUUAAAAAAAAAGGGGGGGUAAAUCUUUCAAAUCUGCCUCCCAGACCUCAGCCUCUCCCAGGAGUGGGGAAGAGGACCUUUCAGUAAAACUCCCUCAUGGAGCCCCCCGGAGAGACCUCCGAAGCACAGCAGGGUCUCCACACCAGACUCUCAAACUCUGUACAACCGCUGGUGCACCUGCUUCUGCCUGGCACUCUGCCCAUCUGGGUCUUCAGACCUGGACCCCACCGAGACCCUGGCAGGUUGGCACAAGGCUUACGGGAGCUUUUGUGUGCUCAGUAGAAACGAUUUGUGUUCCAGUCAGGUUGUUGUCACUCUUGCACUGUCUGCCACUGCUGAGGAGGCUGGCGGCGGGCCAAAGUUGGCCAGUGGAAGAGGUACCCUUUCAGUUCAAGGUCUGUGCUGCCCCAGCGUGGAGGUCCCGCAGACUGGGCAGCACACCUGCCCACCCCGUGUGGAGACCCGCCCUGACCUGGCCGUCUCCCUCCCCAGAAACAGUGUGCAUUUAUUAUUUUGGAGUGUAGGUGACUUGUUUACUCACAGAAGCAGGUUUCUGCUUCCCACUAACUUUAUUUUGCAGGAAUAAGGAAGAAAAAGUGCGAUGUGUGCCUGGCUCUUGGCUCUAAUCUCCUGGUGGGGAGGGUGGGAUGCCAGGGGUGUGCUUGAGUAUUUAUCACAUCCUUGUCCUGUGUGCUUGUGUGAGAGAAAGAGGACUCUCAAGAAAAAUGUAUUAUAUGAGCUUGCUUGUAAUGUUCCUUGGUGGUCUGUGUCUUGGCGUCUCAGGAGUCUGGCCCCUUGACUGGCUGCCCCUCUGGGCGGUGAGCAUGGUGGGGCCCACACUGCCACCUUGUGGCUUCCCGAGCCCCAUGGCUUCUCUCCCUUCCUGGCCCUUCCAUUUGAUGGCUAAGACCCCCACCAAGAUUAUCUAACUUUAGGGACCAAAAGGAUGUGGUGGGUCAGAGAGAUUACAGCGAGGACAGAGUGGUUUCAAAAUUUUCCAAUAUAUUUAGGAACAGGAGAGCAAGGGGCUGCACGACCUAGCAGGACAGAACUUUCCCCAAUUACAGGGUGAUUCACAGCCGCAUUGGUGACUCACUUCGAUGUGUCAUUUCCGGCUGCUGUGUGCGAGCAGUGG